AUGUUUGGCGGUUUCAACGAUCAGGACGCCUUUGGCGCCAACUGGAACUUGGACGAGAUCCAGCAGCUUGAGGACAUCACGGCGGGAGGCUUCAUCGAGGACGAUGCGCUACCACCGCAUGAUAACCUGGCGCUGAAUGCGGACAAGGUAGCGCCGACCAAGCAGGCCAUGAUGCCCGCCAAGAUCGGCAUGAUAGUGUCUGCGUGGAAGGGCGAGACCUCCUACAUUCAAUUUUUCAACAAGAUACCAGACAUCGUAAAGAUUUUGGGUCGCAUAGAGAAAUACAAGAGCACGGAGGAGAACACGAUGAUCGUUCUCGACGACGGCACUGGCCGCGUGCCGUGCAUCUACGUCCACCCCAGCGACAUGACCUCGUUCCGGCAGCGGGAGCUCGACAGGGUGCUGCAGUCGCAGAAGAUGGUGGUAGUGUACGGCACUUACAAUCCCAUCUACAGUGUGAAGUGCCCCGCGCUGAUCAUUUUCAAGAUCCGCGAGGUCUGCGCUCCGGACGAGUUCGCGUUGCAUGAGCUGGACGUGAUGCACAUGAUCCUGCGCAACGAGCGCGAUGGCACACCACUUCAGACAGUGGACGUGGGCUACGUGCUGCAAGACUACGCUCCCAAGCCGGUCGAACUUAUGGGUGACCCGGUGGAUAGCGGCAUGCCGACCAUGCCAACGUCUGCCGCCAUUAAUAUGCACAACAACGGCGCUCCCGGUUCUGACUCCAGCGUGAAUUCCGCAUUCUCUCCAGGAGUGACAUCGAACUCUUCACCAGCGAUGCCUUCCACCAUGACGCCGGGUGGGGGGUCGGUGUCGACUCCCGGCACCGCUGGAGCCAACACUCCGGACUGCCAGGGCCCUCUCACGUUGAUGAAGUAUAUCGCGCACCUUCUGGCUGCGGAAACGCGCAAUGGCAACCUGAACGGUCUGCAUGUAGGAGAGAUAACCCGGCUGUGCAAACAGCAGCGCAACUUCCAAUCCAUAUCUGAGCAACACGUGCGAAAGGUUUUGGCGGAGCUGGAGAAGGACGCCACGGUCUACCAGACGGUAGAUGCCCACACGUUUGCGUCCACGGACGCUUGA